AUGACAGGAAAGAAAGUGCCUGUGCCCCCACCCCCACCACCUCAAGCACCAAAACCUCCUGGAGUUGUACCUCCAAAACCUCCUGGAGUUGUACCUCCACCACCACCAAGCUCAAAGAUCUCAAAUGCACCAGCACCACCUCCAUUAUUGGGAAGGGGUCGAGGCAACGCAACUGGACCAACUAAAGGCCGUGGCAUUGGUUUGGCACAGCAAAGUAACCCUCCCAAGAAGGCUUCACUGAAGCCUCUACAUUGGGUGAAAGUCACGAGAGCAAUGCAAGGGAGUCUCUGGGCUGAUGCCCAAAAGCAAGGGAAUCAGGCUAGGGCUCCUGAUAUCGAUUUAUCCGAACUGGAGAGCUUGUUCUCCACUGCAGUUGUAACCAGCACAAGUGAAAAGGGGGCAACAAGACGUGGUUCAGCUAUUAACAAGCCAGAAAUUGUUCACCUGGUUGACAUGCGACGAGCAAAUAAUUGUGAGAUAAUGCUUACAAAAAUUAAAAUGCCUCUACCUGAUAUGAUUAAUGCAAUUUUGGCUCUGGACACUUCUGUUCUUGAUAAUGACCAAGUGGAGAAUCUCAUUAAGUUUUGCCCUACAAAGGAAGAGAUCGAGAUGUUGAAGGGUUAUAACGGCAACAAAGAAAUGCUUGGGAAAUGCGAACAGUUCUUCCUGGAGCUGAUGAAAGUUCCACGUGUAGAGGCCAAGCUAAGAGUUUUUGCUUUCAGAAUUACUUUCUCAACACAGGUAGAUGAGCUAAGAACUAACCUAACCACCAUAAACGAUGCAACAAAGGAGGUCAAAGAGUCUCUGAAGUUACGACAGAUAAUGCAGACCAUUCUCACACUGGGGAAUGCACUAAAUCAAGGGACAGCACGAGGAUCUGCUGUUGGCUUCAGAUUAGACAGCCUUCUUAAACUGUCGGAUACCCGAGCUAGAAAUAAUAAGAUGACGCUGAUGCAUUAUUUAUGCAAGAUUAGUAACUGUUUAUCUCUAGAAUUGACAAAAACUGAUACAACAGACAACAAUGCUAGGAUUUUCCAAAUACCCCAAAGCUUCUUGCUGAGAAAAUGCCUGAACUUCUUGAUUUUUGACAAAGACCUAAUUUAUUUGGAAGCAGCUUCCAAGAUCCAACUGAAAUUGCUUAUGGAAGAAAUGCAAGCAAUAAACAAAGGUCUUGAGAAGGUGGAGCAGGAGCUAGCUGCUUCGAAAGUGAUGGCAUUGAAAAGCUUUCUUGAUGCAGCAGAAGCUGAGGUUAGGUCCCUCAUUUCCUUGUAUGCUGAAGUGGGAAGAAACGCUGAUUCGCUAGCUCAGUAUUUUGGUGAGGAUCCUGCACGCUGCCCGUUCGAGCAAGUCACAUCAAUUUUGGUUAUUUUUGUGAAUAUGUUCAAAAAAUCACGUGAUGAAAAUGCUCGAAAUGCGGAGGCUGAGAAAAAGAAACUGGAAAAGGAAAAGGAAAAGGCAAGUUACCUUUGCGAAUUCCAAGGUCUUGGAGCUUUCGUGCUCAUCUCCAGUGAGAAUGUAUGA